GAAAUUUGAUGGAAAAUAAUUUUGAUAACAAAAAAUAAUGGCGGAAAUAAACAUGAAAAAAAAUGGGCAAGAUCAGCCUAACAACGUUACGGGAACACAAAUUUGUCCAACAUGUGGUGGAGUGAUUGAUCCAAAUAACAGCAUGCAAUAUUUUGGUAUGCCAGGAAAUCAAACCACACUGAACUUCGGUGAAAUUAAAAAUUCAGACAAUGCUAGUAAUACACAUCGUAAGAAAGGCUUAAAGAAGGCUCCUCUUCAAUGGAAAUCCAGUAAGUCCACUUGCACUCCUGUACGUACAUUCUUUCAAAAACAAGAACAUGUGAUGAAACUAAUGCCAAAUUCAUCGAUUGCACUGGCUAAUACAGAAAAUUUUGAAGCAGAUAAGGAUAAAGUGGACACUGAUUCUAAUAGUGCUGGUUAUCUUGCCAAUGUAAAAUUACAACCCAAACAAAAAAAGAAAUGUCUCCAACGCAAUAAAGUGGCCCCUCAUCAGAGAAAACCCUACAUACUUAGUUCUACUAAUGCUAAUAUACGUGCGUUUUUGGAAAAACAAAAAGAGGUGAAGAAACUCAUGGAACAGUCAUCAACUACACAGAGGCGUACAGAAAACUCAAAUAGGAACAGUAAAUGCGAAACCGAUUCUAGUAGGCAUGAUACAAUAACCGCUGUAAAGUUUCAACGUAAGCCAAAGAAGAAAUCUCUUAUGUAUAAUAAAAUAGCUAAAGUGGGUAAAAAGAGAUUAUCAAAACUGGUUAAAAUUCGGAAAAAAGCAUGCAUGCUCAAUUCUACUAAUGCUAAUAUACGUGCAUUUUUAAAAAAACAAAAGGAGGUGAAGAAACUAAUGCAACAAUCUUUAACUAUAGUUAACACUAACAAAAAUUCAUUUUCUGAUAAAAGUUAUGUAGAUAUCGAUGGUCGUCUUCAUGAACGUAUAGGAAUUGAAAAGCUAAAACAUAGACAAAAUAAGAAAUGUCUCAAACGUAAUAAAGUUGGAAAAAAGUAUAGAAUGAAAUUAUCAGGGCUACCAGCAAGACAAAAGGGAAAAGCUAGAAAGAAAAUUAGACGGCUUAAAAAAGAAAUGCAUACUGAUAAUGAAUCUUGCAAUAGCUCAAUACCUGAUAAACGAAAGAAAGAAGUCAAAAUAAAAGAACAACAACGUAAAGCUAUUGUGAUUUUACCACAAAAGAAAAAAGAAAUGACGUGCUAUCUUAACUACAUUUACUAA